GACCAUCAAGCCGACGUUAAUCUUCGUCAGUAAGUUGGAUUCUAUAACAUCCCACGCGCUAUUGGUAUCUAUGUUCUUGAUUUUGAAACUCAUCUUCCUUUGCUACUGAGUACCCAUCAAAUUACCUUGUCAAUUCCUUAUUUUCAAGCCUCUGAGAAAUCUGCUAUUAGGGUUUAGUUUCCUUUUCUGUGUCCCUACCUACUCUUCCUGUUGCUGCUUCUUUUCAUUCGCUUGGAAUUGAACGAUUUGUAACAUAUCAACCUAUAGGAAUUUUUGAGUUUCUCUAAUAGCAAUGGGUCGUUCUCGUGGUAACUUUCACUCUGCUGAUGAGGACCCAACCCAGAGAUCAAGGAGAAAGAAGAAUGCUGCUAGCGGAGAAAACUUGGAAUCUUCAUCAGCAGGUCAGGGAACAGGUGAUGGGAAAAGGGCGUUAUACCAUUGCAAUUAUUGCAACAAAGAUAUAACUGGGAAGAUUCGCAUCAAGUGUGUAAUGUGCCCUGACUUUGACCUUUGUAUAGAGUGCUUCUCUGUUGGAGCUGAGGUGACACCUCAUAAAAGUAGUCACACUUACAGGGUUAUGGAUAACUUAUCUUUCCCACUUAUUUGCCCUGAUUGGAAUGCAGAUGAUGAAAUACUACUUCUGGAGGGAAUUGAAAUGUAUGGACUGGGAAAUUGGGCAGAAGUUGCUGAGCAUGUGGGGACAAAGAGUAAAGAAAUGUGUAUUGAACACUAUACCAAUAUAUAUAUGAACUCCCCAUUUUUCCCUCUUCCAGACAUGUCGCACGUAGUCGGGAAAAAUAGGAAGGAGCUUCUUGCUAUGGCUAAAGGACAUGGAGAGGACAAAAAAGGAACUUCUAUGCUUGGGGAGCAUACUUUGAAGGAGGAGUCUCCAUUUUCUCCCUCCAGAGUCAAGGUUGAAGAAAUGCAUAAAGGUGGUCCUUCUGGCCGGUUAAUUUCUAACAUAAAUGCAGAUGUAGAAUCUGGGUUCUGUUCUAAUAGCUUAAAUGCAGCAGCAACAGCUGCUAUUAAGGAGGCAUCCAAAAUGGCCCGUGUUAAAGAUGUCCUCAGUGUCGUUAAAGUGGAAGAUCCUCAAACAGACAGGAGUUUUAAGGGAAAAAAACUGAAUUCUUCUGGGAAUGAGGGAUCUUUAGUUGAGGCAAGUGGUUAUAACCCCAAACGACAGGAGUUUGAUCCUGAAUAUGAUAAUGAUGCUGAGCAGUUGCUGGCUGAGAUGGAAUUUAAAGAUACUGAUACAGAAGAUGAGCGUGAGCUGAAGUUGCGAGUUCUCCGUAUCUAUUCAAAGAGGCUUGAUGAGAGAAAACGUAGAAAGGAAUUUAUUUUAGAAAGAAAUUUGCUAUAUCCAAAUCACUUUGAGAAGGAUUUAUCUCCAGAAGAGAGGGCACUUUGCAGACGUUACGACGUCUUCAUGCGUUUUCAUUCUAAGGAAGAGCAUGAAGAUUUGCUUCAGACUGUUAUAUCAGAGCAUAGAACACUGAAAAGGAUUCAAGAACUUAAGGAAGCCCGGGCUGCUGGUUGUCGUACGUCUGCUGAGGCAGAUAAAUAUCUUGAAGAUAAAAGGAAAAGGGAAGCUGAAGAAAAUUCUCAGAGAGCAAAAGAAAGUGUCCAGGUUGGUCCAAGCAACCAGGGAGGUCCAAAUGUUUUCAUGGCUUCAGAGUCUGUCUGCAAGGAUUCAAAUCCUAGACCUGCUGGACAAUACAUUAAUGAUUUGGAUGCAUUGAGCUUUUAUGAAACACAAUUACUAUCUGAAGCUGAGAAACGACUCUGUCAUGAGAUUAAGUUGCCUCCACCUCUCUAUCUUAAGAUGCAAGAGGUGAUGACAAAAGAAAUUUUCAGUGGCAAUGUCACUAAGAAAUCUGAUGCUCAUCCCUUAUUCAAGCUUGAAGCCAGCAAAAUUGAUAGAGUUUAUGAUGUUCUCGUAAAGAAGGGGAUUGCUCAACCGUGAAAUCGUAUGUUUGUUCCGAGUAUGAACUGCAUUCACUUUGCACGAAAAAUGAAAAAUAUACUUGAUUCCCAGUUAGAAAAGAGGAAAACAAAAGAACAAAACGAAGGUAAAAGUGCCUUAGCCUUUUCUACGUGAAGAUAAGGUCUUUUUAUUGCUGAUUAAAAUAGCAGGAUGGUGUAUCAAUUCAUGGAUUUAUGUUCUACAAGAGAAAAGCGGUAAUUUGUAGCCUUAAAUUAUAUGAAGAACCUUUCAUAAGCUCAUUUAAGGUGUAUCACAUUCUCUUGUCUUUAUUGGUUUACCUCACUGAGAUAUAAACUUGUUACUAUUGUUGCUGAUUGGAUUGGAUGAAGAAGCUCAGCAUCGUUAAUAUUCAGAACAGGAGAGAAUCCAGCCAAACUCCAGGGCAAUGUUUGAGAUUA